UAGAGAAUUAUUUGUCUAUGAGUUUAUCUAUGGUCUCAAGGUCAUAUACCUAUUGUCCAUCUUCCAUGUUUACUUUAGAGCGUUUUAAUUAAAAUUUUAUUCCUUUGAUGAAAGAGGGUUAGGAUGAGUAACUUAUCAUUUGACUACGAUGAUCAGGAUUCAAUUGCCAGGGAGUAUACUGAAGAUGAAAAACCUGAUUACAUAGAUAUUGUUCACCAUUUCACUGAUGAGAAAGGAAUGAGAUCGUCCAUUGAAUAUGUAAUAGGUGAAAUGAAAAGAGAUGUUAGUUUAAAUGAGAGCAAUACCUUUGAAUAUGAUGCCGAAAUUGAGCCUUUGAGCAGUGAACAUGCCUCAUCUCAUGAAGAUCAAUUUAGGAACUAUAUACAUGCUGUUCCUUUGAAUAAACAAGAACAUAAAUGUCAGUUAUUGCUCAGGAUACAAUUGACAGGGAGCAUACUGAAGAUGAAAAGCCUGAAGACAUAGAUAUUGUUGACCAUUUCACUGAUGAGAAUGAAAUAAUAUCGUUCAUUGUGUAUGAAACUGGUGAAAUUAAAAGAGAUUAUAGUUUCAAUGAAACUAAUACUUAUGAAGAUGAUGCAGAAAUUAAGUAUACUGAAGAUGAAAAACCUGAUGACAUAGAUAUUGUUCACCAUUUCACUGAUGAGAAAGGAAUAAGAUCGUCCAUUGAAUAUGUAAUAGGUGAAAUGAAAAGAGAUGUUAGUUUAAAUGAGAGCAAUACCUUUGAAUAUGAUGCCGAAAUUGAGCCCUUGAGCAGUGAUCAUACCUCAUCUCAUAAAGAUCAAGGAAGGAACUAUAUAGAUGGUGUUCAUUUGAAUAAACGAAAACAUAAAUGUGAGUUUUGCGAAUAUGCAGCUGCCCAGAAGAAAACACUUGAAAGCCAUAUAAAGGCUGUUCAUUUGGAUAAACGAAAAUAUACAUGUCACCUGUGCAACUAUGCUUCAGCUCUUGAAAGUAGUCUCAUAAGUCAUAUAGAUUCAGUUCAUUUGGAUAAACAAAAGUGCCACUUGUGUAACUAUGCUUCAGGUGUUAAAAGAAACCUAAAAAGUCAUUUCGAUACUGUUCAUUUGAAUAAAAGAAAGCAUAAAUGUCAGUUGUGUGAGUAUGCAACGAAUGGGAAGGCAGAGCUAAAAUCUCAUUUAGAUCUUGUUCAUCUGAAUAAACGAGAAUAUAAAUGUCAGUUUUGUGAGUAUGCAUCUAACCGCAAGGCAACCCUAAAACAGCAUUUAGAUAUUCAUUUGAAUGAAAAAAAGCAUAAAUGUCAAUUGUGUGAGUAUACAACAUAUAGAACGGGAUACUUGAAACAGCAUUUGGAUGCAGUACAUUUGAAUAAACGGGAAUAUAAAUGUCAGUUUUGUGACUAUGCAACUAACUACAAGAUAAACCUAAAACAUCAUUUAGAUGCUAUUCAUUUUAAAAAACGAAAACAUAAAUGUGAGUUUUGUGAGUAUGCAGCUACCCAGAAGAUCGCCCUAAAAAAUCAUAUAAAUGCUGUUCAUCUGGAUAAACGCGAAUAUACAUGUCACCUAUGCAACUACACUUCAGCUGUUAAAGGAAUGCUCAAGGUUCAUAUAAAUGUUGUUCAUUUUAAAUAUAAUAUAAAUAUAAAAAAACAUAAAUGUCACUUAUGUGAGUAUGCUACAAAUUAUUCAACUAGACUAAAGAUGCAUAUAGAUGUAGUUCAUUUGAACAAAAAAGAACAUAAAUGUCAGUUUUGUGAAUAUGCAACAAGCCGUAGUGGAAACCUUAAAUAUCAUAUAAAUACUGUCCAUUUUAAUAUAAAAAAACAUAAAUGUCACUUAUGUGAGUAUGCUACAAAUUAUUCAACUAGACUAAAGAUGCAUAUAGAUGUAGUUCAUUUGAACAGAAAAAAAAAUAAUUGUCAGUUUUGUGGAUAUGCAACAAGCCUUAGGGGAAACCUCAAAAAUCAUAUAAAAACUAUUCACUUCAAUGAGCGAGAACAUAGGUGCCAUCUAUGCGAGUAUACUUCAACUGAUAAAGAAAGUAUAAAAAGGCAUUUAAAUGUUGUUCAUUCGAAUAAAAAAGAGCAUAAAUGUCAUUUAUGCGAACAUGUUACAGCUAAUUUGACACACCUAAAGAUGCAUAUAGAUGUAGUUCAUUUGAACAAAAAGGAACAUAAAUGUCAGUUUUGUGAAUAUGCAACAAGCCAUAGGGGAAACCUCAAAUGCCAUAUAAAUACUGCUCAUUUGAAUAAAAAAGAGCAUAAAUGUCAUUUAUGCAAUCAUGCUACAUCUAGUUUGGCAAACCUAAAGAUGCAUAUAGAUGAAGUUCAUUUGAACAAAAAAGAACAUAAAUGUCAGUUUUGUGAAUAUGCAACAAGCCGUAUGGGAAACCUCAAAAGACAUACAGAUAGCAAGCAUAUAAAUGAAAAAAAUUCUUAAUGUUACCUAUGAAAAGGAAUCUGCUGUUGGUGAAAAAAUUCUCGUAGAUAGAUAAGUUUCUCUAUUUCAGAUAAAUUACAGAUAUAUGCUUUAAUUUCAUUGAAAUUGUGUCACCAUUAAAGUUUUCAUUCAGCUCUCUUAAAAUACUCCCCCAGGCUAUAUGGUUCUAUUGAAACUUACUUUUCCAGCAGGAAGUUAAAAUAUUCUAAAUAAAAAUACAGAAUUUUCCUAA